CAGAUAUUUAGCGGGAAAGGAAGCAUCCUUCGGGUCUUUCGCAUCGGAGAAAUGAGGGCAUUUGAAUCCCUUCCCCAAAGAUCAAUUCACGAAUGCACUGUGAAAGAUUACGGGGGUGAGGACGUCGACCUUAGCAUCUAUAAAGGAAAGGUUCUGCUUGUGGAUAGUGUUGCUUCUAAAUGUGGGUUUACAUAUGCAAAUUAUAACCAGCUGACUGAGGUUCAUAACAAAUACCAGGGCAGAGCUAGUGCUGAGGAAGACACCUCUGAGAAGUUGAAAUGUGAAUACAAAAUCAUAGUUUGGAGACUUCAUUUUAUGGACUCAUGUCUAAUUGAUAAGCACUGUAACAAGUAUUUCUGGUUUGACAUUAUCACUGCAGACGGUUUUUUUUUAUUCAUGCAAAACCAGUCUAUAGAUCUUGGCAUUUCCUUGAAAUCAGUUUCUAAAGCAAGAGCUUGGCGCAAGCCAAGAGGCACAAGAAUUUGCAUGCACAAAGGUUACAAGGCUGAGUAUCCAAUUUUCCAAAAGGAGGUAGGACAUUUCGAUUUAAAUGGUUCAUCAUCACUAUGCUGACUGUUCGUGGGCCGAAAAACAAAUAAAAUCAUUCUUACUGUUUGCUUGUGACUGCAUCACUGAUUAAUGAUUAGAACAGUAUGUUCUGGACCUUCCUGUCUGUGUUAACAGUUCGAUGCACAACUUUGUAUAUGCUAUAUGUACUUUUGGUUCACGUAAAUGGCCCAAUUACAGAACCAUGUCUACAAAUUUCUAAAAGCUAGUAAACCUAGGUUCUUUGA